CGUGACACAACCAGGAAGUGUGAGAAAGGCUAGACCGUCUGAAUCCAGCAAGCUGAGGCGCGGCUGGAGCAGGAGCCUCCGAACAUCUGGCCUCCGUAGACCGGCAGGAUGAAAGCAAUCAAGGUGGCGGUGGUGGGAGCGGGCGUGGUGGGCUUGUCCACCGCCGUCUGCGUUGCAGAGGCCCUUCCCGUCUGCUCCGUGACGCUCCUGGCCGACAAGUUCAGCCCGGACACCACCAGUGACGUCGCCGCCGGGAUCGUUCUGGGCGAAGAGUAUCCAGACAUUCCCUGGGAAAGACAAAGACGCUGGUUCCAGGACAGCUUUGAGCACCUGCUGGCCAUCGCCCAGUCUCCUCACUCGCUGGAGGCCGGGAUCAUCUUCAGCUCAGGAUAUCAAAUCUUCAAGGAACCUCCAUCCAACAAGACGCCAUACUGGUCGGACAUCGUGUUUGGCUUCCGAUUCCUGAGCGAGAGCGAGCUGAAACGCUUCCCGCACCACAAGUUUGGCCAGGCUUUCACCACCAUCAAGUGUGAAUGCUCCAGCUACCUGCCAUGGCUCCUCAAGAGGUUCCAGAAAGCCGGGGGUCACGUGGAGCAGAAGAAAGUCGGCCGCCUCCAAGAGCUGGGCCUCCGCUACGACGUCAUCGUCAACUGCUCAGGUCUGGGCUCCAGAGACGUGGCUGGCGACAGCCAGGUGUACCCCGUUCGGGGGCAGGUCCUGAGGGCGGAGGCGCCCUGGCUGCAGCACUUCAUCCGAGACGGUGACGGAAAGACGUACCUGUACCCCGGCAUCCGCUACGUCACGCUGGGCGGCACCAGGCAGGUGAGGGACGAGCGCCUGCAGGUGGACCAGCGAGACAGCGAGUCCAUCCUGGAGCGCUGCACGCUCCUGGAACCGUCGCUCCGUGAAGCCCGGCCGGUGGGCGAGUGGGUGGGGCUGAGGCCCGGCCGGUGGAACCCGCGGGUGGAGAGGGAGGAGCUGGAGGUGAACGGCGGCGGCCGCGUGCACGUGGUCCACAACUACGGCCACGGAGGAUGGGGGGUCAGCAUGGCCUGGGGCACGGCUGUGGACGCCAUGAGGCUGGUGGGGAAGUGUCUUCAGGAGUUGUCUUUACCUGCCAAACUGUGACUGCAGUACCGCACUUGAUACUACUACAACUUGAUACUACUAAAGUUAAAUAAGAAAACAUGUUUUUUCUCUGCUGCCCCCCCCCAGUGUUUGAAGUGUCUUCUUGUAAAUUUUUCCCAUAAUAUUUGGACUUUAUUCUCAUAACUGACAACCUCAUUUUCCCCCAAAAU